AUGCGUGCCUUCACCGUCGCUGCUGCCCUUCUCGUCGCUGGAGCCCAGGCUGCUCCUGCUCUUGAGAGCCGCCAGGUUGUUUACGGAUGUUACUUCUCCGGUGAGGGUAUCAACAACCAGUACGUGAGCGUCGGCCACGACAUUGAUGUUACCGAUGCCAACGGUAACACCCGCAACCUUGAUUGCGGCACAACUUCCCAGCAGCUUGUUCCCAACGUCUUCGCCAAAUGCACAGUGGACAAGAAGCAGCCCGCGGGUAUUACCGCCAACGAGUCCGACAAGAACGCUAUCAACUGCCCCGUUUCUAAGAGCAAGGCGGACUGCUAG